ACGGCUUGCGGGUGACUGCUUUUUUCACGUGUGUGUGUGCGGGGGGAGAUUCUGGGUUCGGGCUGUCGGAGGGUCGGGAUGGGCUUAGGCUUCUGCCACAAUCCUCAGGCCUUCUGAGUGAGUGUCACAGGAGGCAGCGUCAGGUAGGGGCUUGUGAGAGGGAAGUGAAGUAGGGUGAGGCCUCGGGGUGGUUGUGCAGAUUCGUUCAGCCGCAGGGCCAUCGCCUCGCCUGGGGUACGUGUCAGUGGCAUCUGGCAGGUUGGUGUUGUGCAAAGACUAAACUGACCUGUGUGAUCUCUACAGAGUUACCCAGCCUCGGACCCUCUGCCCCUUCAUUCUGAAGGAAAUAAAUCUGCCCCACCUAUUUGCUAGAGUGGUUCAGAAGAGCAAAUGAAAAAGUGUUUUGGGAACUACAAAGUGCAUUGUUAUAAAAUGUAGUUGCGUAAUAUAAAUUAAAAAAACAAUGGAUAUAGCAAAAUAAAGUUUUUAGGUUAUUUAACUGUCUUUAAAAUAACUGAUAACCUGGGGAGAGAAACCCUUGGAGCACGAGAAUUUCUUGUACUCUUAGGACAUUUGAUAGCUUAAUAAAUAGCCUCUACUGUUGUAAAUGAAGUAGCGAACAUCUUAAUGAUUCCAUUACAUAUAAAAUCUGCUUACCAGAUUUGCUUCCCCCCUCCAUGAGGUCUCAGAAAUGUUUGGGUGUCCAAUAAGUAUUUUUUUUUAAGCAUAGUAUUUUUUUAUUGGAGAGAGUGUAUUUAUGAUUGUUGAAAUAAAAACCUUACGCAAUAGAUCUUGCCUUAAAUCUCUGUAGCAACCACUGGGAAACUGGCAGUUAAAAGUAGAAAAACAUCUGAAUUGUAUAAAUAUGUGUGGUAGAGUUCUCUGCUACCAAUGAUGUUUAUAGAAACUUCAGUGAAAUGACUCUUCAAGAAUUGGUGCAUCAGGCUGCCUCCAUUUAUUCAGAUAAAAUAGCUGUAUGUUUUGAUGAGUGUAACAACCAGCCUCCAGUUUAUUACACCUAUAAGACUGUGGUUAAUGCUGCUUCAGAAUUAUCAAAUUUCCUGCAAUUACACUGUGACUUUCAAGGAAUUCGGGAAGUUGGUCUGUACUGCCAUCCUGGGAUCAACUUACCAUCUUGGAUUCUAGGAAUUCUCCAAGUCCCUGCUGCUUAUGCUCCUAUUGAUCCAGAUUCACCACCAGCAUUAUCAACUCAUUUUAUGAAAAAAUGUAAUCUAAGUUAUAUUCUUGUUGAAAAACAGCAAAUUAAUAAAUUCAAAUCUUCCUUUGAAAUAUUCUUGAAUUAUGAUACACUUAAAGAACAUAGUGACCUAGUACUCUUCAGACUUCACUGGAAAAAUGUUGAAGGGAGCUUGAUGCUAAAUAACAGAAAACAGAAAUAUGAAAAAGAAGAAAUGACAAACAGCACAAAUUCUGGGAACAGCAAUGAAGAAAAGUCAGAAGAGCACAUGGAUGUGAGGCAAAAGCAUUGCUUGGCCUAUGUUCUCCAUACGUCAGGCACUACAGGGAUACCUAAGAUUGUCAGAGUCCCUCAUGUAUGUAUAGUCCCAAACAUCCAACAUUUUCGGGUACUUUUCGAGAUCACACAGGAAGAUGUUUUGUUUCUGGCUUCACCCCUGACCUUUGAUCCUUCCGUUGUGGAACUAUUUGUUGCUCUAUCAAGUGGUGCCUGUCUGCUUAUUGUACCAACUUCUGUCAAAGUGCUUCCAUCAAAGUUAGCUGCUGUUCUCUUUUCCCAUCACAGAGUUACUAUUUUGCAGGCAACGCCAACAUUGCUUAGAAGAUUUGGGUCUCAGCUUAUCAAGUCAACCGUUUUAUCAGCCAGUACUUCUCUUCGAGUAUUAGCCCUUGGUGGUGAAGCAUUUCCAUCAUUGACUGUUCUCAAAAGCUGGAGAGGAGUAGACAAUAAAACACAAAUAUUUAAUGUUUAUGGUAUCACAGAGGUAUCAAGUUGGGCAACUUUUUACAGGAUUCCAGAGAAGUUUCUUAAUUCUACUUUGAAAUGUGAAUUGCCAGUACCACUGGGAUUUCCACUGCUUGGAACAGUAGUUGAAGUCAGAGAUACUAACGGCUUCACAAUUCAAGAAGGCCAUGGCCAAGUAUUUUUAGGUGGCAGAAACAGAGUAUGUUUUCUUGAUGACGAAAUGACAGUACCACUUGGCAUAAUGCGAGCCACAGGAGACUUGGUGAUGGUGAAAGAUGGAGAGAUGUUUUUCUUGGGACGAAAGGACAGUCAGAUCAAACGACAUGGCAAACGUCUUAACAUUGAACUUGUGCAACAGGUUGCUGAAGAACUUCAGCAAGUGGACUCUUGUGCAGUUACAUGGUAUAAUCAGGAAAAAUUAAUUCUGUUCAUGGUGUCCAAAAACGAUUUGGUAAAGGAAUACAUCUUUAAAGAACUGCAGAAACAUCUUCCAAGUCAUGCAAUCCCGGAUGAAAUUUUAUUGAUCGAUUCUCUACCAUUUACAUCUCAUGGCAAAAUUGAUGUUUCAGAGUUAAACAAGAUAUAUUUAAACGAUUUAAACUUGAAGUCUGAGUGCAAACUCAAUGGAAAAGAGGAACUUUGGGAAAAAUUACAGUAUUUGUGGAAGUCUAUUCUGAAUCACUCAGAAGAUCCUUUGAAGGUUCCUGAUGAGUCACUCUUCUUAAAUAGUGGUGGAGAUUCCUUAAAGUCUAUACGGCUCCUCAAUGAGAUUGAGAAACUAGUUGGCACAUCAGUACCUGGACUUCUGGAAAUUAUUCUUAGCAGUCCCAUUUUAGAGAUUUACAAUCAUGUCCUUCAAACAGUGUUUCCAGAUGAAGAUCUGGUAUUUAGCAAGAAUUAUGCCGUGAAAAGAAAAUUCAGCGACAUUAAUCAAGAAGAAACCAGUGGAAAAUCUUUACGUCAGAAAUCUGUCAUGACGUUAAGUUGUGACAAUGAGCUAACUGCUUUUACUGCAGUGAGCAGAGGGAGUCAGAUUUUGUCACCGAAUACUAAGUUUUUAACUAAGUUAGGACUUUGCUCUUCAGCCCAUUCUUAUGAUUUAAUUUCACAGACUAAUAUUCAAAAUGUGGAAAGCUUAAAUCCUCCAGCUCUUAUUGGGACGUCAAAAGAUCCAUCCUGUGUUGCAGAAGUUUCUGAAGAGGGAACAUAUGUGCUAGCAGCCAAGAUGGAGCUACACGUGAGGUGGAGGUCAGACACGGGCAAAUGUGUGGAUGCUUCACCUCUAGUUGUAAUUCCUGCUGUUGAUAAGUCAUCCGCAACUGUGUACAUUGGCUCCCAUUCUCACAGAAUGAUGGCAGUUGACCUUUACUCUGGAAAGGUGAAAUGGGAACAGAUUUUGGGAGAUCGAAUUGAAUCCUCAGCAUGUGUAUCUAAGUGUGGAAACUUUAUCGUAGUGGGCUGUUAUAAUGGGUUGGUUUAUGCUCUGAAAAGUAAUAGUGGAGAAAAAUACUGGAUGUUUCCUACUGAGGAUGCUGUCAAAAGCUCAGCAGCCAUGGACCCAACCACAGGACUCAUUUACAUUGGAUCUCACGACCAGCAUGCAUACGCUUUGGAUAUUUAUAAAAAGAAGUGUGUUUGGAAGUUAAAAUGUGGAGGAACUGUCUUUUCUUCCCCUUGUUUGAGCCUGAUUCCACAUCAUUUAUAUGUGGCUACACUGGGAGGACAUUUACUGGCUAUAAAUCCUGCCACUGGGAACAGAGUUUGGGAACAUUCCUGUGGAAAGCCGCUCUUCUCUUCUCCACGGUGUUGCCUGCAGUACGUUUGUAUUGGCUGUGUGGAUGGGAAUUUACUCUGCUUUACUCACUUUGGAGAACAGGUUUGGCAGUUCUCUACCAGUGAACCAAUCUUUUCAUCCCCGUGUACCUCAGCAUCGGAGCAAGAAAUAUUCUUCUGUUCCCAUGAUUGCUUUAUCUACUGUUGUGAUGUGGAAGGUCACCUCCAGUGGAAAUUUGAAACUACUUCACAGGUGUAUGCAACCCCGUUUGCUUUCCGUUACCAAGAAGGCAGCAGUGAAAUGUUGCUGGCAGCAGCAUCUACUGAUGGGAAACUGUGGAUCUUGGAAUCUAAGAGUGGGCGACUGCAAAGUGUAUCUGAACUUCCCGGGGAAGUUUUCUCUUCUCCUGUGGUCUGGGAAUCAAUGCUUAUUAUUGGAUGUCGGAAUAAUUAUGUUUAUUGUCUGGAUUUGUUGGGUGGCUAUCAAAUAUAAUCAAGUUCAGUCCUUACUGGAUUAUCUGAGACAUCUGGAAAUACUCUAGAGCACUUGGAUAGUCUUAUUUUAUACUAAAGAUUGUCUUUUGCCUAAGAAACCUGUCUAUUAUAGUUCGUUGGAGAAUGCUCAUAUUUUAUUUCCUGUAGGAGCAACAAAUGCUUUUAAAAGGAAUUAUAGGACAAAAACAUCAAUUCAUUUAGUACCACUUUCUUUUAAUUUUCUUUAAUUUCUUUUAAUUAGGCUACAGAUAUUCUACUUUGGGUUUUUUUCUUUUUUUUUAUAGAAGACUUCUGUGAAAAAGAUCAGAAUAUACCUGGUGGGUUAAAGACUUAGUCAUGUUAUGCACCAUUUACCUAUUUACAGUGAGAUUCAUAACAAAAGGUUUUCAAAGGUAGGAUCUUUUUGUCAAAUUAGGUUCCUUAUUUAGUAUUUUUAAAUGAAGAGAAUACCAGUGUUGAAUGAUAUCUAUAUAUCUGUCUCUUCCUAUAGUAGAGUUUUAAGUUGAUUUACCCUCUUCUUCAAUUUUUGAUACACAAACCUUGAUGAAUAUUUUUGUACCUCUUUCUCAAUUUAUUAGAUUUUGUGGUUGUAGGUCUCUUUUUGUUCACUGGCUUGGUGGAAGGGAACACAACAAAAACCAGGAAGGGACAAAACCCUAUAUACUUCUAAGUAUCCUGAUUUCUCAUAUGUGUGGUUUGGGGCUGGCGCUGCUUCUCCAGUCCCAGAGCACGUUGCUUACAGCUGCAUUUGCCUGGCAUGAAGUUACCCCCAGUGAACUAUACCUCCUCCCAGGAUCCAUGUCCUUUCUGCAUCCUCCUCCUCUUGUACCUGGGCUUAGUCCGUGGUUUGCUUUAGCCAGUAGAACACAGUGGAGGUGACACUAUCGUCACUUCUGAGUCAGCUUCUGCUUUCACGGGAUCCCUGAGCUGCCAAUAAAAAGUGUGGCGGCCAGAUGGAGAAGCAUGUGGGAAGGCAGUGGCUCUGGCGCCGCAUUAUAAAGCCCGAGAAAGCCAGAUCACAGGGACAGGUGAAGCCCCACACAUUCAGCUCGUGGCAUUCCAGCCAGCCCCCCAGCUGCUCAGGCUAUCCUGGUGCCAGACAUUUAAUUCCUCACCCACAGAAUCCUGAGAAAUAACAAAAAUGGCAGCUGUUUUAAGCUUUAGGGUAGUAUGUUAGGGUAGUAACUUUUGGAUGGUAGUAGCAAAGAUCACUGGGAAGAGAAAUUAUGUGUUAUUCUUUUCCAUGUCACAUAAAUUACUCAAAUAGAUGUCUCAGUUUUUGAAAUUUCAUGAUCUCCAGUUCAUAUAAUAAAGCAGCUUGCUUUCUUUUUUUUUUUGCUGUGAUAUUUGGAAUAUAGCCACUAGUGGUAGUAGUAACUACUAUUUAGGGUAUAUUGCACCCCAAACACUUGUGCUAAAGCACCUAAAGUAACAAAAAUGUUUCCUAUUGUUUACCUUCCCUUCAUCUCUGUAGUCAACUGUGGUAUCAAUUUCAUUUGUCCAAUAAAGCCCCAAACAUCAAA